ACUUGUUGGACGUACAUACGUUCGACGAAGUUCACGGGCAUGACGACGGUGCCAGGCGACGUGGGACUGCUCGAAGCGAAACUGCAUGGAGCUAGCGCAGGAGAACAAGUCGUGAUAGUCGACGCACACAACAACGUCAUAGGGAGCUCCACACGGGCCGUGAUGAAAAUAUUCAACCUUCCGCAUAGAGCCACGUAUGUCGUGGUUCGGAACUCUGCUGGCCUUUACUACGUACAGCGUCGUUCGAGCACCAAAGACUAUUGCCCUGGGCUCCUGGAGCCCAUGGCCGGCGGCGUCGUUGGGUUUGGCGAAUCGUACGACGAGAGUGCCUACCGCGAACUCGACGAAGAGAUGGGCAUCCGCAACACCCCCUUGACCCACAUCACCACGUUCUCGUACUCGGUACACACCCAUCAUCCCGAGACAUGCACCACCAACUGGCGACUCAUUGGCAUGUACUACAUACGUACGAGUAGUCGCCACCCAUGCUCGUUUGGAGAAGCCUGUACGAUUGCGUGUACGAUGGACCGGUAACCAAGCAAGACGAAGAGGUGGCGGAGGUGCUGCUUCUGUCGGAACAGCAGAUCUUGGCUCGCGAGCACGACAUCACGCCCGACGGCAUGUUUGCCUUCCGCACGUACUUGACGACCUCUAGGACGACUGCAAAGUGACCAUCCGUUACAGUAACGUUAGUUGUAUUAGUAAAAAAACCUUCCAGCGUUGCGUGGGUGGAUUAUUGCUCACACUUGUCGACACAGUACAGUACUCUCAAUCGUCCAUCUUCGUUGUCGCAACGAUCUUGCGUGCUACAUGCAGCUGACCGAUCAUGUCCCCAGGGCAGAAGUCACUUCGACAACCCGUGUGAAAUAGGAUGGCACGAUCGAGGAUUCGUUAGCUCGGAGGCCCUCACACCGUCCGCGUCAACGUGGACCCUUUACAGUUACUGUAACGUUAGCC